AGAGCAGCAUUGGUCACUUUGGAGCGAAGCCUUUUCACAGGAAAUAAUACUGAAUCGUAAAUAUAGGCCUGCACAGCGCACUAAAGCUUAUUGUCACGUUUAUUCAUUUGUUGGCACAAGUUUAUUGAACUAGCGACAGCUACCUUGCACCCCUUGUAAAUGGUACAUUCCACAUGUGAACGUCCAAAACAAAAAUGGCACAUGUGAACUGGGAACCACCUAACGUUCUUCACUAACGUGUGUUCGUAGCGAAAACGAAACCUAACCACGGUGUGUCCGACACUGAGACCCGAGAAGCUGUAGUAACACGAACCGUUACCCCCCCCCAGCGUCAUUCAGGCAUGGCACUGCAAAUAUCAGCUCUCUUUUCAUAUAUCAGAGCCCCACUGCGCACUGGCUCUCUGUCUCGAGUCUGUGCAGACUUCCAAGGAGCAGGUGUCAGGUUCAAACACAUUUUAACUCCUGGAAGCCUCCAGCUGGGAGGGAAGCCAGCGACAAGUCCUGUCCGCGGCCAUAUUACAAGUGGCCUCCGAGCUGAGAAGUUUGCGACGAAGUCCAGCCAGAGUAACGGUUCCUCCUCACCCCGGGGGAGGAGAGAUUGGCUGGGCCAGGUAGCCCUCGGUGCUGCCCUCGGAGCGAGCACGGUCGCACUUGUCCAGUGUCUCCACACUGGAAUAGUUACCGCCAUGGCCCGCAAUGUUAACCUGGACUCCGCUGAGGGAGACUGGAAGGAAACCAAGGACUCCUUGCUGUCUCUGUCUGUGAAGGACAGGCGUCAGCACUACAGGACGUAUAACUUUGUGUCACUGGCAGACGUGUCGGUGUGGACUCCCACUGCAGGCGGCUCUGAACAAACUCUCUACCAGAGGAAUGAAAAGUUUGACCAGAAGAUUUCCCUCUACAACGGUGACAUCACCAAGCUGGAGGUGGAUGCUAUUGUCAAUGCAGAGGCCUGGCUAUAGGGGAGUGUGAUGAGGAAGAGGAGACGAAGGCAUCAGGGAGCACGUAUUGGAGCAGGGAGUUAGGAGAGCAAAGCUCGACUCUCAUCAUUCAGGAGAGGGGAGUAUCUGAGAAGGAGCUCGAGGAAGGUCAGAUAAAAGGUACAGAAAGAAACUGACUUCUUUUCGUCAUAACCGUGUUUCAGCACAUUGCUGAAGUUUUCAAAGGAAAUAUCUCCCUUAUUAAUUGUAUUACAUUAAUCCAACAUCUGAAUAUAGCAGUUAACCUCCAAGAAGGAGAUUACAGACGCUGUUAAUGGUGAACGGAUGCACCUUGACAUGGAGCCAGCCAUCUUUCGCUGGAUCACAAAGAGUUGAGUUUAUUUCCUCUGUUAUACUAAUGUCAUGCCUCUGAUGUUAAAAGGUGCAGUAUUUGAAUGCAUGCUCAAUAGAAUCUAUAAAACCCUUUCACACAUUGAAAUUCAGACAGCAUAGAAAACCUCUUGACUGUGAAUGGUCGCGGUAAAGGUACUUCAUCGUGAGGUCAACAACUGUCUGAUAUGAAGUUUCAUUAAGUCUCUAAUAUCAGGCAAUGAAAAUGUUAGAUGUAGACACCGUUUUCUGUGUGUUUAGAAUAAAUACAAAACAUGAGAAUACAGUAGAGCUGAAACGUUUAGUCAAUGCAUCGAUGAGUAGUUUGACAGAAGAUCUUGCCAACAACUUCGAUGCUUACCUCCACCAAGGAGAUUUUGUUUUUGGAUUUCUUUGUUUGUCAGCAGGAUUACAGACAAACUACUGGCCCGAUUUUCAUGAAAUUUUGUAGGAAGUUGUAACAUGAGCCAAAGAGAACCUCAUUACAUUUUGGAGCGGAUCUGUGUCACGGGUGAGAUACACACAUUAUUUUUCACUUAUGGAAAAGGCCUUGGCGGCGGUGUUUGCUCUCAGAGUGCUCCACAGUUAUUUAUUGAUGUAAUGAUUUAAACCCAAAUGCCAACAAGUUAAUAGUUCCAGCUUCUGGUAUUUAUCUUCUACGAUAGAAAAUAUUUGUCUUUAGGACCGUUGGUCGGACAAAACAAGCAAUUUACAUUUAGACUUUGUAACUGUGAUGAGCAUUUUUUUUUUUUUUACCUCCACCGAGGAUGUUGUGUUUUCAGUCCGGUUUAUUUGCUUGUCAGAAAGAUGAGAGAAAGUAUCGGCCCGAUUUUCCUUUUGGAGCAGACCCGAUUCACUGGGUGGAUACACAAACACAUUGUGAGAUCUGUGCUCUCCCGAGUUCCAUUCUAGUCUUUUAUUUAAUUAAUCAAUAAAAUGAGAUUGAUUCAUCGAUGAUGGAAAUAAUCAUUAGUUGCAGCCCUAGAUAAAAAGAAUUUUAAAAAAAAACAUCUCUGACAAGUGUUGAUGUACACUUACUUGUCAGAGUUUAUUUCUUGUAUUUGUCCAGAUUUCAAUCUCAGGUGUUGGCCAACAGGUGUUCAGGCCACAGCCCAUUGCUUUUUGGUGUGUUUGAAAUUUCUUUAAUUAAUGUCCUGUAUCCUUACAAAGUGAAACCACAGUCAAAUGAGUAACUGUUCUCCGUUCACAUAAUACAUUAAGAAAAAUAGACUGAAGAGACGCUGGGAAAUGACCUUCAGUGAUGUAAAACAGUAAGGGUUUGCAGAAAAGGAGUAAAUGCAUGAAUCAUACGAGAGUUGCUCAUUAGUAAGUGUAAAAUAUAUCACACUACUACUGAGUUAGUAUUUUCCCACCAAAACACCACCGGUGAGGAGCUGUAGCACAAAUACAGAGAGCAGUUCCCACACUUGGGCAGGUGACCCACUUAGUGUUGAGGUUAUAAACAUUCCUGACUGACUCCUUACUCCGUCUUCUCUGUUGUGCUUGUUCAUUCCUACUGGGGACAGAAAUCCCCGCUCUUGUGAGCAAGUCAAUGACAACUUUGUAGCCUACAGGCACGCGGCAAAAUGUGACUUUCACUGUGGCUUCUUCGCACUCCGCAUGCUCUCGCUGUUUUGUUUUCCGCUUUGCUUUGUACUAUAAAGAUCAGAUAUUAGCAUCUUUUUUCUUUGCUUUGCGGGACAGUGGAGAAGGCUGGUGAACACCAGCUGAAUAAACCGAGAACACAUCGAGAAAUGUACAAGAAUCAACAUAUAAAGACAAUACAUUUGCAUCUGAGCUCAGAGCGGCGGAAGCCUCCGGCAUAACUAUCUCCGACACUUUUCAUGCAACACAUCUGUUACAGAAAAGUGUACAGAUGUGUAAAUCAGUGCAUGUUCUUAAAGAUUUGGAGGCAACAUAUGAACAGAAGUAUGGCCAGAGCAUUUAGUGUUUGUGCGUUGUUAGAUAGUAUAACUGGUACUACAGGUGACGUCUACACCAAUACGUCUUUCUUUGACAUGAGGUACUACAAGAGGAAAUGAUGCCAAUGAGACUAAGGACUACGAUGCCUCAGGUUACAGAAAAAAAGUAAUACAAAUUGCGUAAUUGGGUGUUUUUUUUGCCGUUUUGAUAAAAAAAUUACCAGAAAGAAAAUAUAUAUUUUUUCAAUUGAAAAUUCUCCAGACGACCUUCGAGCUGCAUUUUCGCAUUUGUGAAACGUUGUCGUGGGCGGCAGCAGGAAAUUGACGAUAUCAAAUCUCCUUUUCCAUCCACCCUUCGCUCCGUCAGGCUGUUCAGAAUAAUUUGGAAAAUGGAAAGCAAAGAAAAGUGACAGCUGUGAUACUUGGCAGAGUGCUCGCUCUGUGCACUGUAGGGAGCAAGGAGAUAGGAAGUGAGGGAGUAGGAGCUAGGGAUUAAUAGUUAUGGGGCUGGGGACCAAAGUCUGAGUACUUUGUAAUCAUGUGGCUGCCUAACCCCGGUGUUAGCGAGGUUGAUGAGCAUGCGUCCCAGCUGACACGCUCUCUCUACAUCCACUCUGCUGAAUAUUAAUAUGGAGGAGAGAAUUCCUCUGAGCUCCAUUGUCAGACGGCCCUAUUGUUCUCUGCUGGCCUCUCGGCGUGUGUGCAUGUGCGUGUUUAGUGUUAAUGCGUAAAUUGGUGUCUAGAUUGUGUGCUUAUGCAUAUUAUGCCCAUAUCGUCAUCACGUGUGUGUGUCGGCUGCAGCAGAGCAGUAGUUAAAGCGGCAGUGAGGGAGAUGAGGGUUGUGUUCACGGCCCGCCAUGGCCCAUAAAGACAACUGGCCUGAGAACACUUGGACCAGCCAUCAGGGCCCAACAUUGGCAAUUAUUUCACCUAGAGGCACUAUCUGUAAAAUGAACACUCUCAUUAAAAUGUCCGCGUGUGUGCACGGGUGUAUUCGUGUGUGCGUGUGCGUGUGCG